AAAGAGAGGAAAAACUAGUAUACCGGAGUAACUCCAAAUCAAAUCCAUCUCCAGCUGCAGCAAAACAAAAACAAAGGGCAGCAGCUGCCGAGCGAGCAAACAACCACCAGCUCACUCGCGCACGCAUCCCAGAUCAGAGAUCCCAUCUCCUCAUGGCCACCGCCGCCACCGCCUCCGCCCCGGCCUCCGCCUCCACCUCCGCCGCCUGCGACGCCCCCUCUGCUUCCUCCUCCUGCCCCGCCGCCGUCUGCCUCGUCCCCUUCAGGUGGUGGGCGGGGGUGCGGGAGGAGGCGGCAGAGGAGGGCGGGGUCCGCUACGCAGCCACGCCGGCGGCCUCACCCUCAUAUUAUGGCCUCAGGCUCCUCCACAGCUUCCUGCACCCGGAUCUCGUGCUGCGCCUCGACCGCGGGGAGUGCCGCGCCAGCGCAACCUCAGGAGGGAGCCGCAGCUACGCACUCGUCCCGGCGGACGAGCUCUCGCGGGCGCUCGCCAGGUCAGUCGGCGUCACUCCGCAUCCUCGUUUACUCCUCGUUUUUGUCUUGUGUAACAACUUGGAUGCAAUAAUGCUCGAGGGUGAGAAUCUAGAAUGGUGGUGCAAUCGCAUGAGCUGGCUUGUUGGUAGAUUCAGCUCUAGUAGUAAUGCGGUGAUAAUGGUAACACGUGAGUCUCAUGUGCUGACUAUUUUGAAUUCCGAUCAAGUGCUUACGCUUUUAACUUAGGGCAUUCAGUUAAUUGGACUUCCUCUUAUUGGUUAAUUCGGUCACAUAAACAAUACUAUGGAUUUUCAGGGUUGAAGCCUAAUUACUCAACCAAAAAAUUGGAAUUUUCUUUUUUUUGUUUCCUUUCAGUAAAUAUUCAUUUUUCAAUAAAUUUACAGUAGAUAAACCACCUACUGUUUCCCUACAAAGCUGAAGCACCUAAUAAACUGAUGUAUUUAGGUUCAGUUUUCCAGGUUGUUAAGUGGCUGAAAUGUAACCCUUUAUUUUUUUCUUAAAGCAAAAACAUUACUUUUUUGUACAUGUACAUAUAGUUGUGCAGUAUGUAUAUAGAAAUUUUCAUAAAUAUAUAGUUUUAUCUGUGGUUUACACAAAAAAACAAAUACAUGGAUCAAACAAAUAUGUUACCUUUUGCCGUUUUAGAGGCAUAGAUUUGUCUGUCUAUGUAGACUACAAAUUAACAUAUUAUUCAAUAGAAGUUAACAGAUACGUAGAAUACAUACACACAAAAGGGCAGCCCGGUGCAUGUACCUCCCGCUUGCGCAUGGCCCGGGUUCGACCACUUUGGGUCCUUUGUACACAGCCUUUCCCUACAUUUCUGCAAGAGGUUGUUUCUGUUAAGCUUCAUGCACUAGGCAAUGCAACCAAAAGUCCGAACUAACCUUAGGCCCUGAUACCAUGUUAAGCUUUAUGCACUAGCCAACGCAACCAUAAGUCCGAAUUGAUGGAAAGGGCUAGGCAAUCCACGUAUACACUUCAACACCCCUCUCAAGUGUGAUGCGGGAAGUCAACACGUGAAUAGACUCAAAAGGUAUGGCUCAAGAGGCCUAUACGUGGACACAAAGAGGGGCAACAACAAUUUUUUGAUAAAUUGCGAAAGCUUGGCCUUGAAAGACCAUAGGCCCUGAUACCAUGUUAAGCUUCAUGCACUAGCCAACACAACCAAAAGUCCGAACUAAUGGAAAGGGCUAGGCAAUCCACAUAUAAACUUCAACAGUUUCCAGGACUCGAACCCGUGACCUCAUGGUCACAAGGCAACAGCUUUACCGUGCUCCCCUUCACACACACACACAUGCACGCCCGCGCGCGCACCCACCCACACGCAUAAGCGCACGCGCACACACACACACAUCCUUGAAAAGUAUCGAUUACCAUUUUCGUAUUUUUGAAAAUAUAGUAGAGCCCGCGAGCCAAAUUGCCGCUCUCUUCGCUAUUAACAUGCCAUGCUUGCUACUCCUGAGGUGCUUGUCUUCCUGGUAGCAUGAAUGUUCAAACUGAGCUAAACAGACUAAGAGCAACUCUAGCAGAUCCCGUAUCCUAAAAUUUCAAAUUCUUCUCCCUGACCCAUUUGCCUAUUUUUUAGGGAAUUCAUUGUUGCGCAGCUAGCAGAUCCCCUAUAAAUUAUUUCCCUAAAAAAAUUUGAACACAAUUUUAUCACACAAAUUCAUUUCAAACACAUGUUUAAACCACUUUGUUCCAUAAUUAACAACAACACUAUAUUCUACCGUACUAGAGUAGUUAAUUUACCUAGUACAUACUACUUCAUCGCCAUUAAACUAGCUAGAUUCAUCAGGACAUAUAGAUAAAUUCUACUUCUAGUCUUCUACUCCUCAUCGGAGGAGGUGUUCAUCACCCCCACACCGGAGGGACCGGCCUCCUCGUCGUUGGCGGCUGGCCAAAUGCAUGCGCUGUCCAAUGACGCGAAGAUCGCGUGGUUGUUGGCGACGAUCUUCGGAUUCGCCAUGAGUGCCUCCACGGUUAAGGCAUUGGCACGCUCUGCGUCAAGUUGCGCCUCGACAUAGCACCAGCGACGCUCCUCCGCCAUCUCAGCAAAGCGGGGGUGCUGCUCAUCCACCUCCUUGGCUAGCGCUCAUCGUUUGGAAGUGGAUGCCGUCGCCCCUGGCCGCCGCACCCACCACCUUGAAGCGGCCACCGGCGAAUCCGGCAGCCAGGUCUACCGCCACCCGCUUCUCCUCCUCUGAGAUCGUGUCUGGAGAGCUCGGAGGCUCACCGGUGGCGAUACGUGCUCGGUGACGCUCGUAUUAACUCUUCUAUUCAUGACCUUGCUCUAAGUCUAGAACUUAAGGUUGCUAACUGUGAUAUGCUGAUGAGUUCGGCGCCCCCUCCAUGCGUAAGUUUGUUUUGGGUUGCUAUUAUAAAAUCCUUUUCUCCCAAGCAUGGAUGCAAUAAACCUUGUGUAGACACUAGAUAGCCAUGUAUAAAUGACGUGCUCUGCAUCCUAUUUGACCUACAUAUUUCAUUUUUAGUAAGUAGCAUAAGUAUGAAGUAUCAUCUGUGUAUUGUCCAAUGGAGCCCGUUGCUCUAUAGGAAAUCUUGUCUGACUACAUUUUUUUUUCACAAAAAGGUGGUGCAGAAUACACAUGGGCUCACCGUAAAACCUUCUGGUCUGCAGUUUUCAUUCAAUCACUGGGAGCAAUUCAUUUUAAAACCUCUUUAUUAAUGAUAGCCCUCUUUGUCAAUUAGGGGCCUUGUUGGCCUCAAUAUGAUCAAUAAUUUUGAUGAGGAUCCUUGAUGUUUUAUGUUUUUUUAGGAACAUAGCUAUUACUCAUCCAUGUUUCUGUAUCCAGGUUCAUGUUUGGGAUUUUUCAUUAUAGAUAGAUAGGGCAAUAUGAAGGGAGCCUUGGCCCAGUGGUAAAGCUUCUGCCUUGUGACCAUGAGGUCAUGGGUUCAAGUCCUGGAAACAGCCUCUUACAGAAAUGAAGGGAAAGGCUGUGUACAAUAGACCCAAAGUGGUUGGACCCUUCCCCGGACCCUGCGCAAGCAGGAGCUACAUGCACUGGGCUGCCCUUUUUUUUAUAGAUAGGACAAUAUCUCCUUAACAGCAUAACUGGAUUGCGAGUCCAUCUUUUUGGGACCAUUCUGCAUCAGGAGAGCAUUUUGUACAUUGGACUUAACCAAUUGAUAUGGAAGUGUCUAAUAUUUCACUUUUCACCUGCUCACCCAAAGUUAGGUUAGCUAGCCCCUGCUCAUAGAUUGAUUUUGGCACGUGCCAUUUCUAUUUGCUCUCAAACCUGGACUCGCCUUCCAUUGAUGACUCUGUAGUUUAUACAUGAUUAGUGGCUCAGUGCGUAGAAUUUCCUCAUAUAUACAUGUCUGUAGCUAAUGCCUACACACUUCCCAUAACUGAGGUGCAAUGCUUGCAUUUGUGUUCCGUACUGUUGUAUUGCUUGUGUCAUACUUCUUAUUCAUGAAGUUAUUUAUAGUUGGAUGCCAAAGAUAACUCUCAUAUUGACCAUGCUAUUAAUUGGCGAAGUAUCCAGUGAAAAUGGCUUUUCAGUGAAAACCUGAAAAUUCCUUCGUUGGCCGUCAGAUCUAUAAUGGACGCCAUGGAUCAAAGGAGGGAUCUCUCGGCAUCCACUUAAACGCCAUUAACAGAUAACCCCUAGGGAUUGCCUUACCCAACUCCGACCUAACUCACCCACGUCCAUGGGCCGUCGGGAACGCCACGACGGCUCCGAGACUCCCCGCAGCGGCCACAACCGUCAGAGACGAGGUCGUGCGCCGCGUCAGAGCUCCCUUUCCUCGGCGGGUAGGGCUCCUGAGGACGCCGCCGGGCGGUGGGGGGAAGACGAGGAUAUCCGCGGUGUCCGAACAGGCAGCUUCGCCGACGACGCAGACCGUGUGACAGGGGAGUGAACUGCGAAGGUGACACGCACGCCGGUCGCACCAACCGUGGGGAUGAAGUAGAGCGGCGCUGUGCUACCAGGGCCACCAAGCUGCUGCGUCGGGUGACGGUAGGUGUGACCUGCAGUAGCCGCGUCCAUUACAGUGGCGUCUGGAUGCGUCGACCUCGAGCGGCAACACGGCGGACGCGGGCUGCCCCCAUGCUACGUAGUUCUCUGAAGAAUUGUACCUCACUUUCCAAUUUCUCUACGAAACAUUCAGCGCAGCCUCUGUUCUCUGAAGAAUUGUAGUACAUGAAAUGUUGAAGCUUGUGCACUGAUAUUUGCUAAUCUGUUAGUGCUGGACCUGUGCAACUCCCCUGUAGUUUUUGAAGAUGUUCGUUCGGUGGUGAUGAACAAAUUGAAAAACCUGAAGCAUCUUGUUGUACACACUGAUUGUUUGGUGGUGAUGAUCAUCAAAUAUGCACUGUACAGUACAUGUACCAUUGCAUGAGCAUCUCAUAGUCUAAUUUGCUAGGACACCUAGCGCUGAUGGGGAUAUGUUUUGUCUGCAGAAAUCGCUGUACGCUUGAGCAGCAAUCUAUUUUUCUAUGUAAUGCGCCAUUAACCUUAGAGUACGAGCUGGUGAACGCUGCCUAGUGAUUGAUCUAUGUCUUCUCUUGCAUAUAUAGCUCUUGUCCGUUGGAUGUGGUGGUCGUAAACUCUGGACAGCUUACCUCUAAAUGGCUAGGAAGAGCCCGUGGCAUGUCAGGGGACAUAGGUUAGCACGAAUAAGGAUUGGCGUAUAGUAAUCUGAAGGUUGAGACGCAACCGGAGGAAGGCGAGCGGCAGCCGACAGAGGCCCUGUCACGGCCGACGGAGCGAAGGGCAUGGCUUGAGUCGCCACCGACGAAGGGUCCGUUGCUACCGGUAGAGGGAACGACAUGGCUCGAGUCGCCACCGGAGGAGGGCCCGACGCUGCUGACGGAGGGCUGGUUGCUACCGGCGGAGGGCAAGGACUAAUGGCCGCCGGAACAAAAUUCUCCAUUGCGGCGUAGAUUGGAACGUGAACCGAUCCCAGGGAUACUCAAGAAAGAUUUUUACUACUUGAUGAUGGAUAAGUUAGGGGGUUAUCUGCUAAUUGUGUUUAAGUGGAUGCUGAGGGAUCCCACCUUUGAUCCGUAGCGUCCAUUAUAGAUCUGAUGGCCCAUGUAAGAAUUUUCAGAUUUUCACUGGAAAUCCGUUUUCACUUGAUACUUCGGCCUAUUAGUUUGACAUAAUCGUGUCAUUUUGUUUGUCUGGGUCGUAUCUACCUAGGGUUCAACUUGUUACUUGACUAACUUCAUCUUGUCAUGCCCUUAGCCCCGAAUUUCAUCUCGGAGUGUGGCUUGAUUACCUAAAAUCAUGGGGACUAUUUUGCAAAAGAGUCACGACGGUGAACCCGGAGACUCAACCCGUGCUUUAUUAUUAGGGAGAGAUAAUCGUGUCAUUUUGUUUGUCUGGGUCGUAUCUACCUAGGGUUCAACUUGUUACUUGACUAACUUCAUCUUGUCAUGCCCUUAGCCCCGAAUUUCAUCUCGGAGUGUGGCUUGAUUACCUAAAAUCAUGGGGACUAUUUUGCAAAAGAGUCACGACGGUGAACCCGGAGACUCAACCCGUGCUUUAUUAUUAGGGAGAGAUAAUCGUGUCAUUUUGUUUGUCUGGGUCGUAUCUACCUAGGGUUCAACUUGUUACUUGACUAACUUCAUCUUGUCAUGCCCUUAGCCCCGAAUUUCAUCUCGGAGUGUGGCUUGAUUACCUAAAAUCAUGGGGACUAUUUUGCAAAAGAGUCACGACGGUGAACCCGGAGACUCAACCCGUGCUUUAUUAUUAGGGAGAGAUAAUCGUGUCAUUUUGUUUGUCUGGGUCGUAUCUACCUAGGGUUCAACUUGUUACUUGACUAACUUCAUCUUGUCAUGCCCUUAGCCCCGAAUUUCAUCUCGGAGUGUGGCUUGAUUACCUAAAAUCAUGGGGACUAUUUUGCAAAAGAGUCACGACGGUGAACCCGGAGACU